AUGACACUGCCUGAAUAUUCUGUGCUGCGUCCUGAAGGGUAUCGAUCCCCUGAUCCACUGCCGAUCUACUUUAGUCUCAACCUCUCUGUCUAUAACCAGCAGAUUGUUGAUUCGGAGUGGCAGAAUCAGUGGUUCCAUUUCACUGGCAAAGUACACCCCUACGCACUGGAGUGGGUGCUGCGGGAGCCUGAUGUUUUCACCGAUGAAGAUGGUGACGGCGAAGUGUACAAGGUUCCAGUUGUUCUCAUACGCGACUUUGGAUACCAAGCCAUUGACCCACGAACUCUUUGCAAUAGUGAGGGCUUUCCACUUAUCCAACCGGUUGUUUCUUUGACCGGGCAGGUUCUCGGGACUGGUCAAACCCACUUGAUCAAGGACUCUGUCCCGCAGUUGGAUGAUGCGCAGCUGAGAUGCUGUGCAUUUAUCCAGUGCUGUACCUACAUCACGCCGGGUCAGUCAUCAAAGAGCCCUUUCAAAGGCUUCCACCCCUUUCAAGUUUUUAUUCUCUUUCCUAUUCGCGCUUUGCCAUUCUCUCUCCUCUGCAAGAAGAUGGCAGAUAGGAAAGAUACACAGUUUGUUCCGGGUGUUCCCUUCAACUGCGUCGGCAAGAUUGUUGGCCUGCUUGACCAUAGUCUUAUGGCGACUGCCCCUCCAGUUGAUGAGAAGGACUAUGUUUUCAUCGUCGUUCCCGACUCUUGGACAUUUCCGGACAAGAGCACGCCACCUGUACCUGCUUCUAACACAGUCUCCCCCUCUAUAACCGAACCUAGCCCAUCCCAAGCUAGCGACUUCGCAGCAAUUAGGUCUAUGUUCAAGUCUCCCUCAAAGAAAGGGAGAUCCAUCCCAACAGCCCGCUACUCCAUCUCAGAACAAAAGGCCUGCAAUCUCCGCAUCUCAAUCAUCUCCGUCAAGUUCAAACAGUCCCGCCCCCAAGAGACUCAGGAGGUCUAA